CGCGUUACUGUGAUCUUCCGCCGUAUUCAUGUGGUGCCGAACGUUUUAUAUUACAUGUAUAUAUCUAUAUAUAUAAGUUGCUACGUUGUCUUUUUUCAUUCUUCAGUCGGUUUGUCCAGGCGUGUCAUUCAUCUCGUACCGUCACUUGGUCAAUUGAACAAGUCUUGCCAAUAUUUACUGUAACGAUGAGGUUCGCUGGAGUAUUAUUUGUAACAGCAUUGUGCGUCAUCGUAUCCUUUGCUGACAUCGCCACUGAGGAUGGAGUUCUUGUAAUAACAAAAAAUAAUUUUGAACAAGCAGUAAAGGACCAUCCUCAUAUUCUUAUCGAAUUUUACGCUCCAUGGUGUGGUCACUGCAAGGCAUUAGCUCCAGAAUAUGUUAAAGCAGCUAAAGCACUUGAAGAAAAUAAUUCGAACGUUAAAUUAGGUAAAGUUGACUCCACUAUAGAAUCCCAGCUUGCCGAAGAUAAUGGGGUGCGAGGGUAUCCGACACUUAAAUUCUACCGCAAUGGUGUGGCCAUUGAUUAUACUGGUGGUCGUCAAGCAGAUGAAAUUGUCGCCUGGUUGAUGAAAAAAACUGGUCCACCAGCGAAGGAAUUGUCAACUGUUGAUGAUUCUAAAGCCCUGAUUGACGCCAAUGAAGUUGUUGUUGUUGGUUUCUUCAAAGAUCUUGAAUCCACCGAUGCUAAAGUUUUCAUGGAUGUUGCUAAUUCUAUCGAUGAGCAAGUAUUUGGUGUUACUAGUGAUGAAAAAGUUUUCGAUGAGUACAAAGCCACAGAUGGUUCAGUUAUUCUUUUCAAAACGUUCGAUGAAGGUCAAAAUGUCUACGAAAAUGAAAUCUCUGUUGAAAAACUUAAGGAAUUCAUUGAAGUCCAUUCACUUCCUCUUGUUGUCGAUUUUAGUCAACAAACAGCUCAAAAAAUUUUCGGUGGAGAAAUCAAGAGUCAUCUCCUUGCAUUUAUCAGCAAGGAAGGUGGUCAUUAUGACAAAUAUGUUGAAGGAAUUAAAACAUCUGCAAAGAAAUAUCGUGGACAGAUUCUUUUCGUUACAGUUAAUAUUGAUGAAUCUGAUCAUGAACGUAUCCUCGAAUUCUUCGGAAUGAAGAAAGAAGAUCUACCUGCUAUGCGUAUUAUAAAGCUUGAACAAGAUAUGGCUAAAUACAAACCAGAAAAUUCCGAAUUGAGUGAAGAAAAUAUUUUGGAAUUCGUUACGGCAUUCUUUGAAAAUAGAUUAAAGAGGCAUUUACUUACUGAAGACUUACCUGAAGAUUGGGAUGCUAAACCUGUUAAGGUUCUUGUUGGUACUAACUUCUAUGAAGUUACCUUCGAUAAAUCCAAAAAUGUUCUCGUUGAAUUUUAUGCACCUUGGUGUGGGCAUUGCAAACAACUUGCUCCUAUUUACGAUAAACUUGGAGAGAAAUACGAAAGCGAUGAGACCGUAGUUAUCGCAAAAAUGGAUGCCACAGCCAAUGAACUUGAUACAAUCAACAUAAAGAGUUUCCCUACUAUUAUUUUGUACAAGAAAGAAACCAAUGAGGCUGUUGAGUACAACGGUGAACGAACGCUUGAAGGUCUUGCCAAAUUUAUUGAUUCGGAUGGUGUUUACGGACAAGCUGCCGAAGAAGUUCAAGAGGAAGAUGAAGAUGAUGAUGUGCCAAGAAAGGACGAACUUUAAAUUUUGAACGUUAAAAAAAACUACUUCAUAACUUCUCGUUAUCAACGAUACAACCUACAAUGAUAAAAUAUCUAAUUCAAUUUUUUAAAAUGGAUUCAUGAUGAAUUUCAACGUAUUUAUGAAUACGAUGUAUAAAAGAACAAUCUAGGUUAUUUAAAAAUACCUAUGAUUAUUAAUGAUUAUACGCGUAUUUAUUUUCUUACUAAUAACUUUUAAACGAUAUUCUUUCGAGAUCAAUUAAAAACAAAUUUCCAUACUUCCAUAAUGGAGAUCUUUUACUUCUCGGUUCAAGAGUCUGAUUUAGUAGUAGAACAAAUAAUUAUUAGAUAUCAAUUAACCGUUAUCUUUUGUUUUCUUCGUAUUUUAUUGUUAUUAUUACGUAACAUUCACUAAUAGAAUAUAUUAACAUUCGAUAUAAAUAUGAAAGAUGAGAUAUUUUCUCACUGAACUAAUUUUUUCACAAAAUAAUUACUUAUAAUUUUAAGAAUAAAUAAUAUUGCAUUUGAAGCGUAACACACAAUUUAGAAAUAAACUUAUCAAAUGUAAACGUAAUUUUAUUAUUAUUUCAUUCCGGGUAAUCAGGGAAGAAAAUCAAUAGAUUAUUUUAAAUAAAAUUUUUUUUUGUAAUUUCUGAAUGUGAAAUGGUUGUUGAAUGAGUGAAUUGAAUGAUAUUAACCUGUACUAGAAUAAACUAACAACAAUUUGUGAAGAAUAGCAGAAAAAAUUAUACUUUUAAGAUUUUUAUUA